UUGAACUAGGUUUUGGGUUUUAGGCGAUGGAAGUCACGAUUUUGAAUGCUAGUGGCGAUGGAGUCGGUCCUUCAUUGCUGCUGUCGCAUGGCGGAGGAGCAGGCCAGUACCUGGUGAAUGUUCCAGAGGGCUUUAGUCGACUUGUUCUGGAGCACAGGAUUCGGCCUUGUGCAAAGCUGUCUUGCCUUGUGCUUACUUCGAUUCGUCCAGUUGCAGCUGGUGGCAUCGGUGGUCUCAUUCUAAGGCUCGCUCAAGAUGGUCACGAAAAACUAGAAGUGACUGGGCCACGGGGUUCUGCUGCGUUUGUUCACGCACUUCGUCACAUCUUUCGCUGGCGGCAUCCAAAAGUUUUUGUCAGUGAAUGGACAGAGGGAAACGUACCUGUUUUUGAAGACGAGUAUGUCGUUAUCUUCCCCAUUCUGGCGUCGGGAAACCGCUGCCAGUCUUGUGUUUACCAGCAAAACGCAUCUUUCUCUCGGCAUCAUGAGGAAGAUCUCUUGCCUGAGCUCGAUGAAGACUCCAAUCCUGUUUUCGUCAGAGAUACCAGAGGCAACCACAGCAUUGCGGAUUGUACAGCUCCAGGUUCUUCUCCUGUCACCACUGUCCUCGGGUAUACUUUUUACUUGAAGAAGCUUAAUUCUUCUUUGCUCAUACUGGAUAUCCCAGACUGUUCGACGUUGUCUGGUAUGGAAGCCGAUGCCAUCUUGCACUGCGAGCAGCACCCGCAAGGAAUAGCAGCAGUGAUUCAUUUGAGCCCGGGACCAGUGGUGACGUCUGAAGAGUACAGCAGAUGGAUUGAGAAUUAUCAGUCGUUCCAUGUCCUGGUUAAUGCAAGCUCGCCGCAGUAUGGAUUCCAGGCUUCCUUACGAACCACAGCGAUGCUCAACAUGGUUAGCAAGAAGUUCUUUCCCAUCCCAGCUAACUGCAAUGAGUGCGAGCCUUCAGCAGCGAAACGUUCAAGCCUUACAAGUGGUCACCUUCUUUCGCGGAUAGUUUUGGAACGGGGAAGCUGCGGUGACAUUGUCGUGCGCAUGGAUCACUCGAAAUGUAUCGAAAACUUCAACUUCACGAACUAUCAAGAGGACCUCUUAAAACUGCAGCCUUGGCUCAGAGACAAACUUCUCAACAUGGAGAGCCAGCGUUGCAGUUCCAACCAGCUCGUGGCAAGAGCCAUGAAACGAAGUAUGCUACGCAAGAGUUGUGGACAAAGCCGCACAGCAGUGUGCUCGAGCGAUGACUUUGAGGUGCAGUUUUUCGGCACGGGCUCGGCAGAGCCGAGUAAGUACCGGGGAAGCAGUGGUGUUUUACUUCGUCUCCGAGGCUCCGCUGCAAUGCUGCUCGAUGCUGGUGAAGGCGUGCUCGGACAGAUUUUCAGGAGUUACGGCGAGGCCAAAGCUUUGGAAGCCGUCAACUCUAUCGAGUGUCUGUGGUUAUCCCACAAACAUGCCGACCAUGUCCUGGGAGCUGUGGCCAUUGUUUGCUCGCAAGCACGGGAGAGAACAAAGCCCCUACUGGUUAUUGGAUCCACUGCCGUCGUAAAGUGGCUUACUGAGGUUUGCAAUGCUCACGCACAGUCGGGUUUUCCAUUACCAGCUUUCGUAGUGAUGCACUUCGAAGAAUUUGAAGGCUCGCACCACCUUGGACGUGUCCUAGAGACUCUACAGCUGAAGAGCAUUGCCAGUGUUCCCGUUAAUCACUGCUACGAGGCCUAUGGUCUGGUGCUACACGGACAAACUGGAUGGCACUUGGUUUACUCGGGUGACACCCGACCUUCGGACCGGCUCAUUCAAGCUGGAGCCGGCUGCACGCUGCUCAUUCACGAGGCCACGUUUGAGGAUUGCUUGGAAAGUCACGCUCGGAAGAAACGGCACUGUACCGUGAGCGAGGCUCUGCAAGUUGGAAGUCGAAUGCAAGCGGAGCAAGUCAUCUUGACGCACUUCAGCCAGAGGUAUCCCAAGGUUGUGGAGAUUGAUGUGACCAGCUAUCCAAAUGCGUGUGUGGCGUUUGACGGCAUGGUGGUGACAAGCUCGAGCAUGAGGGGCUUGAGAGAAUUGCAAGGAGUAGUGCGUAUGGUUUUGGCAGCACAGGAUCCAUGGAUUGCCAAGGCUCCUCCAAGCCCUGAAGGCUGGCAAAGUGAUACACGCAAACGACAUCUGGAAGGAAGUCUCGACGCUCCAAAGCCGCCCUCGGUUCCCAAGCACAUCAGAUGGGAAUCAGACUAAACAGCCAUCUCGAGACUUCCCGAAAAUCUAUACGCCGGCAAAAGCAGUGUCACUACAAGCUUGAGGAGAAGCUACGACAGCUUUUAAAACUACUCCUUUCACCUCCCCAGCAGACCUUAAGCUGCUAUUCCACAAGCUACAUGCGCUCCAGCAACCAAAGCCACGAACUUCUGGGCAGUUGGUGGUUUUGAGGAAGGAUUUUGGAAUCGAGAAUGGCACGAACCUCAUACUCCGGUUCAUUGGCAAUGCAGUCCAGUUCUUAGAGGAUGUUUGAGGACUUUGUAGGAAGGUGGAGCUUACGAACUUGAAUGGCUCAAUUCUUUCGUUUGACAAAGAAUUGGGAUUGCAUCAGGCAUUUCUCCCCAGCAGAUUGUUGCUGCAGCCAGCAUCAGGCCACAAGAGUUUAAUGGUGUAGUUUAGGACAUUUAGAAAACAUUGCGGAGCUUUUCACAAUGUAAUGCUGCAAUUGUUUGCAA